UCCCACUGCGCCUGUUCCCCUUGUCCCCAACGGGUUAGGGUGUCACACCGGGCCACCUCUGUGCCUGCAGCUCCGACCCCCCCGCACUGGCUGGCAGUGCUGGCAGCAUGGCUGGGAUUCAAGGCCGCUGUCUCAGUGAACACCGUCUCAGUGCUGGAGCGCAAGGUAGGUUGGAUUUUGGGGUCUGUGCCCCCGCCCCUGCCCCGGCAGUGCCGUGUCUCCUCCACAAGCAGCUGCUCCAACUGGUUUGUGGGUCUGAGUGGCAACACCUCCUGCCUGAGGCCUGGUGGAGGGCUGGGAAGCGCUGGUACUGACGCCAAGGAACAAACGAGCUGCUUGUGUCCUGCCGGGCACGGAGCCCAGCAGCGGGGCAGGGACUGCGUGCUGCGCCAGAAUCUGGGCUUUUUCAGGAACAGCCAUCCCGUGAGCUGGGGGGAAACUGAGGCAUGGAAUCAUGAAGGGACCCCAUCCGAGUGAUGGAACAGUUGGUGCUGGCAGUGAUAGCAGAGACAUUCUGGUGCCUGGACACUGACUCUUCCCCUUGAGCAUCCCACACUGAGCCCUGACAGCUGCCCUGGGCAUCUCCUGCCCACGGCAAUGGUAGAUGCACUCCUGCACCUGGGUGGCCUGAUCCCAGUCCCUGAAUCCUCCUCCGUGGGAGCAGCUGGGAUAUGAAAUGUCUUUUUGCUUCGGGGAGAAAUGCAAGAAGAGGAAUCCUGGGAAACUGGUUUUACCCCUCCUCCGGUACCAGCGGCAGGACGGCGGUGGUGGUGGCUCCUCCCUUGGCGAAGGCUUAUAAUACCUGCCAUGGUCCCGGCAGCCAGCACUGCGCUGCGGGAGGUGGGCAAGGUGUCCAGCGUCGAGUGAUGGCUUCCAUGGGGCUGCAGGUGUUGGGCAUCGCCCUCUCUGUCAUCGGCUGGUUGGCCUCCAUCCUCUGCUGCGCGUUGCCCAUGUGGCGGGAGACAGCCUUUGUCGGCAACAACAUCGUGGUGGCCCAGAUCAUCUGGGAAGGGGCUGUUGGAAUGAACUGCGUGGUGCAGAGCACGGGGCAGAUGCAAUGCAAGAGUCUAGACUCCAUGCUGGCCCUGCCGCAGGACCUGCAAGCCGCCCGUGCCAUGGUGGUGGUGGCCAUCGUCUUGGCCAUCCUGGGCACCCUGCUCGCUGUCGCCGGUGGCAAGUGCACCAACUGCGUGGAAGAUGACACCGCCAAAGCCAAAGUCAUGAUCAUCUCCGGCAUCAUCUUCGUUAUCGCUGGCAUCCUCAUCCUCAUUCCCAUCUCCUGGUCGGCCAACAGCAUCAUCCAGGACUUCUACAACCCGAUGGUCACUGAGUCCCAGAAGCGGGACCUGGGGUCGUCACUCUACGUGCUACCAAUGGCGACGAUGACGAUGCAGCUGGGUGGGCUGAUACUGGCCAUGCUGGGCUGGAUGGGCUCCAUCCUGACCUGUGCACUGCCCAUGUGGAAGGUAACGGCCUUCAUCGGCUCCAACAUCGUGGUGGCCCAGGUCUUCUGGGAAGGGCUAUGGAUGAACUGUGUGUAUGAGAGCACGGGGCAGAUGCAGUGCAAGGCCUACGACUCCCUGCUUGAGCUCACCUCUGACCUGCAAGCAGCCCGCGCCUUGGUGGUCACCUCCAUCUUCGUGUCCUUCUUCGCUUUCCUCACUGCCAUGUCAGGCGCCGACUGUACCCGCUGCAUGGAUGACGAAGGCAACAAGACCAGGGUCUCCGUCGUGGCAGGUGUCGUCUUUGUCAUGGCCAGCAUCAUGAUGCUCAUCCCUGUCUCCUGGUCUGCUAACAGCAUUGUCAGCAACUUCUACAACCCCAUGGUGCCCGAGGCCCUCAAAAGGGAGCUGGGAGCUGCCCUCUAUAUCGGUUGGGCCUCCAGUGCCCUCCAGCUCCUUGGCGGGGGCAUCCUGUGCUACUCAGGACCGUCAUCCCAGCAGGAUCCCUACCCCAAGAAGUAUCGAGCCGUGAAAACCUGUGGCCCGAUGGGCUACCCCAUGAAAGACUAUGUGUGAGUCACCCCUGGGCAUUACCACUACCCUUGCCCUGCCCGUCCCUGUGUCGACUGUGUCCCUGUGCCCUUCCCGGCACAAUGAGGCUGCGCUCACUGCCGUCUAUAAACACCUUGGUGACACCAAAGCUGCCUUGGCUC